CCAGGUGCCAUCAGGUAGGCCGUAGCUAGGGUGGUCUCCCUCGCACGCACGUCGUCGGCGCCAUGGCCCCCGCCCGCUACCUAUGCAACGCAGAUCUACCAUCCAUCCGUAUCUGCAGCUACUCCACUGCACAGGCUUUCUUUGCGUUAGGGAAUUUACGCUAUCCAUCCACACAAGCUGCAUCACAUAUUCCCGCCCACUUAUCAUUACAUGCUUUGCGACUUCGCGUAUAUAAAGCAUUUGGGUGGCUAUGUGCUGAAUAUGUGAACAAGUGUCCCUGAUUAGUGAUUAUUGUACUACUAGCACAAGAGACAAGCAGGAGUGAGAAAUAAUAUACUAGGAGAGUGAGGACUGAGGAGAUCGACUCGAUCGUCCCGAUGGAGGACGUGAGCUUCGAUUCCUUCUGGGAGACGCCAAGCUUCUUGGACGCCCAGGUGCUCGAGCUCGAUUUCCAGGCCCAGGUGCUCGAGCUCGACUUAGUUGACAGCAUGUACCAGCCGGGGGAGGAUUCGCUGUCCGGUCUCUACUCCUGCUACGACGACUCGUGCUCGCCGGACGGCGCCAGCUCCUGGUCGAUGGGCACCACGAGGGCGGCCAAGGAGAGCAAGAACAUGAUCAUGGAGAGGGACCGGCGCAGGAAGCUCAACGAGAAGCUCUAUGCCCUCCGCGCCGUCGUCCCCAACAUCACCAAGAUGGACAAGGCGUCCAUCAUCCAGGACGCCAUCGCAUACAUCGAGGAGCUGCACCAGGAGGAGCGGCGGAUCCUCGCGGAUAUUUCCGACCUCGAAUCGGGCAGCUGCACCGCCGUGGUCAAGACGGAGGAAGACGGCGCCUGUUUUCCGCAAUGGAAGAAGAUGAGGAGGGCAAGCUCAGCCUCCUGCAUCAGCGACGCCAUCUGUUCCCCUGCCACUCGUGCUGUUGAAAUCCUCGAGCUGGAAGUGACGGAGGUAGGUGAGAAGCUGGCGGUGUUGAGCGUGAGGUACGCCAAGACGAGGGGCGCCAUGGCGAUGGUGUGCAAGGCGCUCGAGUUGCUCAGUCUCAAGGUCAUCACAGCAAGCGUUACCACGCUGGCCGGCAGCAUUGUCCACACCAUGUUCGUCGAGACAGAUGUAAUGUAUGGUGCUGAGACGAUCAAGGAGAUGGUACAGGCUGCGAUCGGCCAGCUCCAUGUAACAAGAAGCCCACUCAAGUCCAUGAGUUACCGAUGAACAUUAUGUGCAACCCAUAGCCAUCCUUGGCUACCGAUGUUCCUUCAUGUUCAUUGCAUCACUAUGGGUCAUGGGAGAAGCCUCUGCUCCUGCACUCUAGUACUCCUACAGUCUACUUCUAAUAACGUGACAACCCAGCUGCAAUUGAUCAUAUUGCCGCAGUAAACAAAUGUGUUCCUGGACUUCAUGUAUUUGUUCUACACAAAUUUUGGCAAUAGGCCAUGUACAAUGAUGAUAUCUUAGCAAUGUCACGUAGGAUAAUGCUGAGGUGGAUGAAAGAGAAAGAUGAAAAAUAGCUUUACCUUCUCUUAGCUAAGAGAUGAUCUCUUAGCACAA